AUGAGUCGGAGUUUGGGGAUUCCGGUGAAGCUACUGCACGAAGCAUCGGGGCAUGUGGUGACAGUGGAGCUGAAGAGCGGCGAGCUUUACAGAGGCAGCAUGGUGGAGUGCGAGGAUAACUGGAACUGCCAACUUGAAAACAUCACUUACACUGCUAAGGAUGGGAAGGUCUCACAACUCGAGCAUGUUUUCAUUCGUGGCAGCAAAGUCAGAUUCAUGGUAAUACCAGAUAUGCUCAAGAAUGCUCCAAUGUUCAAGCGUUUGGAAGCUAGAAUCAAGGGCAAGGGUUCUGCACUUGGAGUUGGACGGGGACGUGCUGUUGCUAUGCGAGCUAGAGAUGGGAAGGUCUCACAACUCGAGCAUGUUUUCAUUCGUGGCAGCAAAGUCAGAUUCAUGGUAAUACCAGAUAUGCUCAAGAAUGCUCCAAUGUUCAAGCGUUUGGAAGCUAGAAUCAAGGGCAAGGGUUCUGCACUUGGAGUUGGACGGGGACGUGCUGUUGCUAUGCGAGCUAGAGCUCAGGCUGCCGGUCGUGGUGCUGCGCCUGGCAGGGGUGUUGUGCCACCAGUGAGGAGGUGA